GUUCUGUCUUAGGUUUAAUCAGGUCAGUUUUGGGCCCAACCCAGAACGUGGCCAUGGUUGUUGUGAGCUGCAUGUGCAUAUUUAGGGAAACAAGUUGUGAGCUCUCUCUUUCCGUCCUAAAGAGAUGCCGAGUCAUCACUCUGUUAGCAAAAGUGUAUGCUCUGAAUAUAGUUUUACCCACCGUCAGAGGAAAAUUGAACAAUGACAAGCAUCUUUAGGUUUGCUUGGUGUAAAAGGCUACCUGCUGUCAUAAUUCUCAGGAUCCAUUGAGCCAGUGAUAUCAUGAAUUUUUUAAAAGGUAUGUUUCUGCAAUGUUAAUUGCAGCAAAAAAAAUUUCACUACUGUUUUUGAAGCAAUAAUAAAUGAAGAGAUGAAAGUGGUAGAACUUGUAACUGCUUGUUGAUUGAAGUGAAGACUCAUUAGAUGUCAGGUUCAAGCGAUUCUUUUCAGUACUCCGCCGCCUCUGUUCAAAGGUUACUUUCCUGUCAAACUUGGCAAAUUCUGUGCGUUCCUUAAAAUGGACACCUUUGAUUUUCGCUUUUAGAUGGCAGAAGAGUCUAAUUCUUUGGAGUAUACACCAACAUGGGUAGUUGCUGUUGUCUGUUUCGUCAUCGUUCUAAUCUCUUUUUUUGCAGAACGUGGUCUUCAUAAUCUUGGGAAGUGGUUGAAGAAAAAGAAACAAGACGCAUUAUUUGAAGCCCUACAAAAAUUAGAAGAAGAAUUGAUGCUUUUAGGGUUCAUUUCCCUUCUGCUAACUGUCACUCAAGGUGCAAUAAGCCGCUUUUGCAUUCCACCUCAUCUUGCAGCUAUCAUGCUCCCAUGUAAGAGAAAAACUGAGAGCAGCAGUCAUGAAAAAUAUUUUCAUGUCAUAAACAAUCGACGACGGUUGUUGUCUGCAAGUAGUAAUGCAGCUCACUGUGUUCAUAAGGGGAAGGUUCAACUGUUUUCAUUGGAAGCAUUGCACCAGCUUCAUAUUUUCAUCUUUGUUUUGGCAGUUGUGCAAGUGAUAUUCUGUGCCUCUACAAUGGUUCUGGGUGGAGCAAGGAUAAGGCAAUGGAAGGCUUGGGAAGAUUCAAUAAAGCCUAAACCAGAACCAGAAGGUCAAACUAAGAUUGCAGAAGAACACCACCAUCACUUGACCAAGUUCCUUCAUAAACACACAAAAGGAUUUUGGAGAAAGGCAGCAGUUAUAAGCUGGUUGAUAUCAUUCUUCAAACAUUUUACUGGCUCUAUUACCAAGUCAGAUUACAUUGCCCUUCGACAAGGAUUUAUCAAGGCACAUUUUCCUCAUAUGUCUCAGUUUAAUUUUCAUGAAUACAUUUUGCGGAAUCUUCAAAUGGAUUUCAAGCAAAUUGUUGGCAUAAGCUGGUACCUGUGGCUCUUUGUGGUGAUCUUUCUGCUGCUAAAUGUAGAAGGGUGGCACACAUACUUUUGGUUAGCUUUUUUGCCUUUAAUUCUUCUGCUGCUAGUAGGUGCUAAGCUAGAACACAUAAUCGCCCGUAUGGCUCAUGAGGCCAAUGAGCAGACAGACAACAAGGAAGUGAAGCCUUCUGAUGAUCACUUUUGGUUUGGGAAGCCUGUCAUUAUUCUUCACUUGAUUCACUUCAUCCUGUUUCAAAAUUCAUUUGAGAUUGCUUUCUUCUUCUGGAUAUGGUGCACUUAUGGAUUUGAAUCAUGCAUCAUGGAAAAACUGGGCUACAUCGUGCCGAGACUUAUUAUGGGUUUGAUUGUCCAAGUGCUCUGCAGUUACAGCACCUUGCCUUUGUAUGCUCUAGUCUCCCAGAUGGGUAGCAAGUACACAGUAAGAGUUUUUCGUGGUCCUACACAAUCAUUGAUAACUCGCUGGGCAAAUAUGCCUUCUGGAAUACAUGAGACUCCGGCUCAUACCGAUCAGUUGAUAGCAGAAACAUCUCAGAGUGCUGCACAAGAAAUGAUUGUUAUAGAAGCAACUUCAGCAUCAGUAACUGAGCAUUCAAGAAAUGAUGCCAACCUUUUUUAA